GGCUGGCAGGAGCCUGUUUCCCCGGCAACCAGGCCGGUCGCCCGGACCCCUGAAAAGAAAUCACCGUACAAUAAAAUCAUUGUUUUUUUUUUACUGAAGGGCGUUUCAUGGGGAUUGCAAAACAUGAACCAACGAGGGGGCAAAUGAGUAUAAAGUAUUUUACUGCCGAAGGAUUGCGGUGGGGUUAAAGGUUACAAAGAUGGCGACGCUGCAGGUUUGAGCUGGUGACAUUCAUCUGAAUUGACCUGUGGGAUGACUGAAGAUGAGCUGCUAUGCUUUGUAAACUAUCUGGGUGUGCUAGUCUUUCUGCUUGCUGUUCUCUAUCAUUGGGUCGAUACUGUGCAUUCUGGAUCCCCGGCCUUCUCCCAAAGUUUCUACGAUGCAAGACCAAGGCGAAGUUUUCACAGCCAGUGCCGGAGGAAAGUGUAUACACGGAGCAUCUCAGUGAGUGACUUGGACCUACCAGGAGACAUCCUAUGAUGAAAGCUUCAAGUUACACUAAAAUCCUGAUGGAUCCCGAACAUGUCAGGAAAAGAAACAAGAACAAGUCAGCUAGCACAGGGUCAAUUUUUAUUAGAUCCAGGUUUUGUCACCAUGCCUUUACUGAAGCCUGUGAUUGAAGUGAUGAAUCUGGGCAGGAUUUCGUACGCAGAAGGGCUGCACGCACAGCGGACCUUCAUCCAGCGUCACCUCCAUGCCCUGUCCCAGCAGCCCACUGCUGAACCCCCAGUCAAUGUCCUGUUGCUGUGCGAGCACGAUCCCGUCUACACCAUUGGGAUCAGGACAGCACGGUACCCGGUCGAGGAAGAGGAGAGACUGAAGCAGCUGGGGGCAGAGUUCCACCGGUCUGACAGAGGUGGCCUGAUCACCUUUCAUGGCCCUGGGCAGCUGGUGUGUUAUCCCAUCCUCAACUUGGCUCAGUUCAGGAAGAGUGUGCGGUGGUACGUGGGCGAGUUGGAGACGACUGUCAUCCGCCUGUGUCACGAGUUUGGGAUCGAGGCAGAGACGUCGCCUGACACUGGAGUGUGGGUUCAAAAUGAGAAAAUCUGUGCUAUAGGGAUUCACUGCGGCAGAUACAUCACCUCUCAUGGGCUAGCACUGAACUGCAACAAUGACCUCAGCUGGUUCUCCCACAUCACCCCUUGCGGCAUUGAGGGAAAAGGUGUCACCUCCCUGAGCCGAGUACUGAAGAGGGAGGUGACGGUGCCAGAAGCUGUGGACUCUCUCCUGGAGACAUUUGCCAAGCAGUUUGACUGCAUGCUAAAGCACUAGCAACUUGACUGUUUCCUGUCGAGUGUCCACAGAGUGAGAAACCCAGCCAAAGUGGCAGGCUUGGUGGGCAGGGAUGGGUGAGAUUGAUGGGGUUGUGUGAGAAAGAGGUGGGACUUGAUCCUGUACUUUGUGUAUCUUAUCUCCAGGGAAUGUGAUUAUUAGAGGAAAGCAGCCAUAUGGGGAGUAAUGCUGUCUGCUUGAAGUACUGAACUGUAUAGAGGAAGAGAUGUCCCAGGUCCAAGCAGCAGUUCUGUUCUUAGCAGGACAUAUAUUAAAACUGGUGAGUGGUAGGGAAAAUAUUGGCUGGAGGCUCUGCAGGUUUAUAAAAUUCAUUCACAGGAUGCCGAUGUCACUGGCUAGGCCUGCACUUUUUUCCUGUCCAUAAUUGCCCAGGAAGAGUCGCUGCUUUAUUGAAAUGUUGCUUGAAACCCACAAUGCUAUCAGGGAAGGAAUUCCAGGAUUUUGAUCUGGUGAUGGUGAAGGAACAGUAAUGUAUUUCAAAGUCAGAAGAGUCUGUGUGAUUGGAGAUAAAAUUGCAGGCAGUGAUGUUCCCAUGUACUUGCUUCCCUCGUCCUUUUAGGUGGUGAAGGUCGUGGGUUUGAAAAGUGCUGUUGGAGAAGACUUGGUGAGUUGCUGAAAUGCAUUCUGUAAAUACUAUGUACUGAUGCCACUAACUGUCAGUGGUAGAGGGAAUGAAUGUUUGAGGAUUCGGUGUCAAUGCAGUGGGCUCCUUUCUUCCGGUUUGUGUCAAGCUUCUUGAGUGUUAUCGGACCUGUACUCAUUCAGGCAAAUGGGGAGUAUUCGAGAUAAUGGGAACUGCAGAUGCUGGAGAAUCCAAGAUAACAAAGUGUGAAGCUGGAUGAACACAGCAGGCCAAGCAAGAGAUGCUGCUUGGCCUGCUGUGUUCAUCCAGCUUCACACUUUAUUAAAUGGGGAGUAUUCCAUCACAUUCCUGACUUGCUUACCAUAGAAUUCCUAGCAUUGCCUAACCAUGUGCAACAGGACUGUGCUGCAAAACUGUACAUUGUAGUCGAUUGUGGAGAUGAGUUUCACUGAAGCAUGUUAACUUGGAUAAGUUGGAACUAUGUUUUAUGCCAUCCUCAGGAUGGGAGAUCAGGAAUUCUAAUCGUCCAGAAAAAUAUUAAAGCUUCUAUGCAUUUAAAUCGAGACCCUCGUAAUUUUUAUUUUUGUUCAUAUUUAUCAUCUUAGGCAAUUAUCUCCCAACUACACGUGCCCCAUUUUAAAUGUUGUGAAGUACUAUAGACUAACUUUUUAAUUUUGUUUGGUGAUUU